CCUUGCCCCCUUAUCAUCUUAGAAGGCUGUUCUGUGGAGAAAAACCAUGCUCUCUCCCUCUUCUUCGUCUUCUCUAGUUCUCCAUGACUCUCUCUCUCCUCCAAUCUCACACAGAAACAGGAAAUUGGACAACAGAGGCUUCAAAUCUUCCGAUUCUUCUGAACCAACUCUGUUGCUUCCAUCAACGCGCACUCCUCCUCUUCUCUCAUCUCAAGCACUCACUGCGGCGAUUCCUAUUGCCACCUCUAUUUCCGUUCUUCUAUGGACUAGUCCAGUGAAUGCCGGGUUUCUCUCUGGGUCUUCUGGUCUUGAAUCUUUUCCAAUCCCCCAGCUACCGGAGAUUGAUUUCCUCAAGAAAUGGAAUGAUGAGAAUCAGAAGAAAUAUGCAGAGUUUGAUUCGAGGUUUCGAUCUUCAACCGUGCUCAAGGAGCUAUUGGAGAAAUCAAAGUUGAAUAAGGAAAGGAAUAAAAGGGAAAUUCAGGACAAAUACUGCUUGAGAGGUGCUGAGUGGGGUGUGGGUGAUUGCUCCACUCAAGGAAUGACACAAGAAGAGAGAGACGCUUUCAUUGAAACGUUGAAGAAGAAAAUCAAAGGAUGAACACUAUGGAAACAUGAAUGAAGAUGCCAUUUUAACAAUUGGGAGAGGAAGUGCAUAUCCAACAUUUUCAUUUAGGUACCUGAAGAUUAUAUAUUUUUCGCAUUUAUCGAGUUGUUUAGAAUGCACUUCGGCUUCAAUGUUCGUCAUUUGAUAAGUUUGGGAAUCUUAAAAAAACAAUCUUUUUAUGAUUUUUAAUGUAAAAUUGUCUCUUUUUUAUUUUUUUGGAAAGUUUACA